CCGAGGGUGGCGGUCCGGCGCGGCUGGCCGUCAGCGACUCGUCCGGCGCCGUCACGGUGCUGGAAGCUGGACGGCCAGGGACUGAUGCCGCUUUGGACGGCCACCUGCCACAGCUACGAGGCCUGGACCUGCGGUUUCCACCACCGCAACGGGAACCUCGUCUACUCCGGCGGCGACGACCUGCUGUUCCGGUGCCACGACGUGCGUCAGAAGCCCGACCAGGCGGUGUUCACCAGCCGCGCGCACGAGGCGGGCGUGACCUGCGUGCAGUCUGACCCGCUGCAGGAGGACACGCUCCGCACCGGCAGCUACGACGAGCACCUGUACACGUGGGACGCGCGCGCCCCGCGCCGGCCGCUGGAGCGGACUCGACUGGAUGGCGGCGUGUGGCGAAUCAAACGGCACCCGCGCCUCGUCGACCGCCUCCUCACCGCCUGCAUGUACGGCGGCAGCCACGUGACCGACGCCAGGGGCGCCACGGUCGCCAGCUUCCGGCGCCACGCCAGCAUCGUGUACGGCGCUGACUGGUGUCGGCUGCCGGCGGCGGCUGUCGCUGUGGAAGGUGACGGCGACGGCACCCACCGGCUGGAGGCGGACCAGGGCGACCAGUGCGAUGAGGGCACGCGGGGCAGUGGGCCCAGUGUGGCGGUGACCUGCUCGUUCUAUGAUAAUUUGCUCUGCGUUUGGGAGGCGUGAGCUAGCGUGUGGAUGCUGUCGGGUGAUGGUCCUUGUCGGUUCGGGUUGGUUUCGUUGGUGUUGAACGCAGCAAGUCUGUUCUUCGGCUUGUGACGUGCGCGCGGUUUAAGAAGUAGUUUUGCUGCCGGGUAAGAGCUGCGUGAUUGGGUCGGCGUGCUGAGCCGUUCAGUUCACUUUGCGCAGGGAUGCUUGUCGACUGGCUCUCUUGAGGUAACCUGUCGGCCUCUGGUCGCUGGCGCUGAACGGGGCGCAUACGUGGACAAGACAGACACCAGGGCACCUGCGAGAAGCAGUCGUCUGUAGGGCUAAAUGAGCGAUGCUCCAGUCGAGUGCCUUCCACGCCCGUAGCUGUAAGUGCGUAAUAAAAAGGGUCGGUCCAGUAGCGUUC